AUGGCCAAGGGGGAUGAAACCUUAAUAGAACGGCAGUGUCAAAACUGGUUUGCGAAAUUCCGUUCUGGAGAUUUUCCUUUAAAAAAUGAGGAGCGCUCCGGGCGUCCAUUGGAGGUUAACGAUGAGCAAAUAAAGGCCCUCAUUGAUUAUGAUCGGCAUAGUUCGACGAAGGACAUUGUAAAGAAGCUAGAUGUGUCACAUACGUGCGUCAAAAACUGUCUGCGGCGUCUUGGGUGCCAAAAAAAGCUUUAUGCGUUACUUUGGGGAACGUUAGCAAGGAAAGAGGCACCAACAACUUCUUUGAAUGACAUUCACCAAAAAAAGGUAUUGUUAUCAUUUUGGUGGGAUUACAAAGGCAUAGUCUACUUUGAGCUGCUGCCACGAAAUCAGAUCAUAAAUUCAGAGGUUUACAUUCGACAAUUGACAAAUUUAAAUGAUACCAUCCAAGAAAAACGAUCGGAGCUAGCCAAUAGCAAAGAAAUUGUCUUUCACCACGAUAAUGCCAGGCCCUCCCCAUCUUUAGCCACUGGACAAAAACUACUGGAGCUAGGCUGGAAUGUUUUGCUGCACCCUCCAUAUAGUCCCAAACUAGCUCCAAAUAAUUAUCAUUUUUUCCGAUUCCUAAAAAAUUUUUUAAACGGAGAAAAAUUCCAAAACGACAAUGAGGUCAAAACUGCAUUGGAGCAGUUUUUUGCUCCUAAAACUAAAGAGUUUUAUGAAAAAAGGAAAAUGAUACUACCCAAAAAAUGUCAAAAGGUCACCAAUAAUAAUGGACAUAAUAUAAUACAUAAAAAUAAUUUUGCAUAA